AUGGGCCAAACUUCCUCUUCCUCUCACACCUCGACCUCUGUGUCUGAGAAUAAACUGCUUGAUGUUGAACUUGAAAUCAUUUCUGCUAAGGACAUCGCUGCGGGGGACUAUUUCUGCAUGAACGCCGCACUCAAGGGCCAUGUAGCUUCAAGUGACGCCUACGCUCUCAUUGAAGUAGCCGGUCAAAAAGUGGCCUGGACACGUCCCAUUUUCCACACGCUCGAGCCCGUGUGGAAUGAAAAGUUUUCUUUCAAGAACGUCAAACCUGACACACUGUGCAAACUCUAUCUGUUGGACGAAGAUAUGGACGGUGAUGAUGCUCUGGGCGAGACACAAUUCAAUGCAGUCAACACGGAUGGCGUUGAGACGAUGUUUGAGCUGCAUAUCACUCGCAACGGCAAGAAAGCCGGUACUAUUGAAGUUAAGGUCACGUCAAACAUAAGCAAGAUCAAUGGCGACGGCAAAUUGCAGCAGGUCGGACCUGUGCACUACUCGGCUCAUUUAGGCAUCACAUCGGGUCUUCUUGCCCAUUCUUUGACGGAAGAUGACAAGCUUCAAGCUUCAGCUUACCACUUGCAAAUGCACAACAUCGUGCAGAUCCUACCAAACGACCAUGAGUGGAACAAGAAUUACCCUACGAUCCAGAAAAUCUUUUCCCCCGACCAUCUAGAGUCCCCUGCACUGCGAAAGGCAAUUUCUAGCGAGCAUGAAUUGAUCUAUCGACACAGACCUAAUACACAGUACGGAAAGCUUAAGGACGGAUCGGACUUGUUUAAGCUGAUCAACUACGGCCAGCGACUGGAAAAACCCGUGCUCUUCACGUACGCCAUCACAUCGACGGGCUGGUACUUUUCCGAGACGGGUGCUUCCUUCUUCAAGGACAUGUUUUCCAAGCACAUGCUUCACGCGAAUGUUGCGUUUUCAGUCAAGUACGCGGGUGAGUUCCACAUUGAGAAGGGCCACUUUGGGAAGUACAAGCUGGUGAUUGACAACAACAGUGGCACCUACGCCCCACCUAUGGAAGAUCUGCCUAAACUCAAAGAGUUAUUCGAGAACAACUUUCCGGGAAUUUCGGUGGAGGCUAAGGACCGCAAUGAUGAGGAACUAAAGCAAAUGCGUCAGAAGAUUUUGGACGCAUGGGCGUAG